CCUCCGCUCGGGAUGUUUGUCCGCAUCGACGCGUGGCGCGUUGUUCCUGAGAGCGAACUAUUUUGCGAGAGCGCGGAAGCCUCGCGCGACGCGCCGGAUCUGCUUUCUGUGUGUGUUGGGUGAAUGGAGGCGCAGCUCUUCCUGGUGAACAAACAACUAUAGGGCAGCCUAGCGAUACCCGCUUCCCAGAACGGCCACACACACCUUCUCCUUCUACCCUCAAAAAUGGCUGCUGAUCGUAAACACAUCGCGCAGCUGAAAUCCGAACUGUACUUCCUAAUAGCCCGGUUUUUAGAAGCUGGACCUUGUCAGGACGCGGCAGAGACCUUGAUACGGGAGGUUCAGGAGAAGGAGCUGUUACCCAAAAGGAUUGACUGGACUGGCAAAGAACACCCAGGGAGUUACGAAAAUUUGGUCAAAUUGUAUAGGCACAUUUCUCCAGAUCACCUGUUGCAGGUGUGUGAGCGAGUGAGUCCUAUUUUAGAGAGAGAAGUGCCAGCCAGCGUACCUGGAGUUAACUCACUACUGGGAGCUGGACGCCAGUCAGUGCUACGAACAAACAAGAGUUGUAAGCACGUGGUAUGGAAGGGGUCUGCCCUCGCAGCCCUGCACUGUGGCAGGCCACCCGAGCCGCCAGUCAUCUUUGGAAGCCCGCCCAAUAUUGUGGAAACAAUAUACAGUCGGAGGCUGAAUGGCUCAUAUCGGUUGGGUCAGUUGGUUCCUACAGCUGUUUACCAACAUAUGAAGAUGCACAAGAGAAUUCUGGGACACCUGUCAUCUGUGUACUGUGUCACCUUCGACCGCACCGGUCACCGCAUCUUCACAGGUUCGGACGACUGUUUGGUGAAGAUCUGGGCAACGCAUGAGGGGCGUUUGCUGGCGACACUGAGAGGUCAUGCGGCAGAGAUUUCAGACAUGGCUGUGAAUUAUGAGAACACCCUGCUGGCAGCUGGCAGCUGUGAUAAAAUGAUCAGAGUGUGGUGCCUACAGACCUGCGCCCCGCUGGCAGUACUGGAGGGCCACUCGGCAUCCAUCACGUCAUUACAGUUUUCUCCUCUGUGCAGUGGAAAUAAGAGGUUCCUGUCCUCCACUGGAGCUGACGGCACCAUCUGUUUCUGGCAGUGGGACGCACGCACGCUCAAAUUCGGGCAGCGACCCAGCAAAUUCAUCGAGCGGCCCAGACCAGGCGUGCAGAUGAUCUGUUCCUCUUUUAGUGCAGGUGGGAUGUUCCUUGCGACUGGCAGCACUGAUCACAUCAUUAGGGUUUGGUACUUCGGAGAGGGACAACCAGAGAAGAUAUCUGAGCUGGAGUCUCACACUGACAAAGUCGACAGCAUCCAGUUCUCCCAUGGUGGCGAUCGGUUUGUGAGUGGCAGUAGAGACGGCACAGCGCGGAUAUGGCAGCUGCAGCAGCAGGACUGGCGAAGCAUUCUCCUGGACAUGGCCACUAAGCUACCUGGCAAGUACAACCCUCCACCUUUAGAGGACAAAGUUACCAAACUGAAGGUGACUAUGGUGGCCUGGGAUUGCAAUGACAACACAGUCAUUACCGCUGCGAACAACUUGACAUUGAAAGUGUGGAACUCAUACACAGGGAACCUUAUUCAUGUAUUGAUGGGCCAUGAGGAUGAGGUGUUUGUGUUGGAACCACAUCCAUUUGAUUCCAGAGUGCUUUUCUCUGCUGGGCACGACGGAAACGCCAUCGUCUGGGAUCUGGCAAGAGGAGUCAAAAUACGCUCUUACUUUAACAUGAUCGAGGGUCAGGGCCAUGGUGCGGUCUUUGACUGUAAGUGCUCUCCAGAUGGGCAGCACUUCGCUUGCACGGACUCCCACGGUCACCUGCUGAUCUUUGGGUUCGGCUCUAGCAGCAGAUAUGACAAGAUAGCAGAUCAGAUGUUCUUCCACACUGAUUAUCGGCCACUUAUCCGUGAUGCCCAUAACUUUGUGCUGGACGAACAGACCCAGCAGGCACCUCACCUCAUGCCGCCACCAUUCCUGGUGGAUGUGGAUGGGAAUCCUCAUCCUCCACGCUACCAGAGAUUGGUUCCUGGCAGAGAGAACUGCAGAGAGGAACAACUCAUACCCCAGAUGGGGCUCACGUCAUCAGGGCUGAAUCAGGUGGUUAGUCAGCAGGCUGCAGAAGGCUCUAGUCCUCUUGAUGGUAUGAUCCAGAGACUACAGCAAGAGCAGGACCAGAGACUAAGGUCUGACACCAGAGCCAGUAGAGGAUCUGUCAGUUCUCCCACAGAGGUCUCUUCUCCACCUAAUGUGGGUCUGAGACGCAGUGGACAGAUCGAAGGUGUUCGCCAGAUGCACAGUAACGCUCCACGCAGUGAGAUUGCCACCGAAAGAGACCUGGUGGCAUGGAGUCGAAGGGUCCUCGUUCCUGAACUAUCACCAGCUAUAGCUUGUAAGCAGGAGAUUUGGCGUGCAGCUAAAGGAGAAGAGGAAAUCAACAUCUACAGGUCAGAAAGGAGGAGACGCAGCGUGCACAGCCAGUACCACAGAGAAAACCGGCAUGCUACAGAAAAUUCUGUGGAGGAGGGGCGGCGUCACCAGGGUAACCAGCAUAACUACCAUACACGAUUGGCCGUGGAGGAAACGAGUCGUCAGAGUGAACCCAACGAGGAAGAACACAGUGCUUCUGAGGGAGAAAACGAAGCAAGACCUCCAAGCAGAGAAUCAUCAGAUGAGGAAAGAGAGGAAAAAGAACCCUGGCCUGAUGAUAACAGCAGCUCCAGUGAUUACUCCAGCGAUUACUCAGACUGGACAGCAGAUGCUGGAAUAAACCUGGAACCGCCCAAGAAGACCAGCGUGAAGAAAAAGAAGAAGAAUGCCAGCAGCUCGGAAGAAGAUGGAGAGAAGAAAAAAAACUCCAGGAAGGAGAGGAGGAAGGAAAAGCAGGACAAAGAUGGAGCACUACCAAAGAAGAAGAAGCCAAAGGAGAAACGGAAGAGGAUACCUGAACUGCAGAACCAGGGUUUGACAUUAGAGGAAUGGCUGCCCUCCGCCUGGAUCACUGACACCAUGCCACGGAGAUGCCCCUUCACCCCACAGAUGGGCGAUGAGGUAUAUUAUUUCCAUCAAGGCCAUGAAGCUUAUGUGGAGAUGGCCAAAAAAAACAAGAUCUUCAGUAUAAAUCCUAAAAAACAGCCCUGGAACAAGUUAGAGCUCAGGGAGCAGGAGCUGUUGAAGAUAGUGGGCAUCAAGUAUGAGGUGGGUUUGCCUACUCUGUGUUGUCUGAAGCUGGCCUUCCUGGACCCAGACACUGGCAAACUGACGGGCGGCUCUUUCUCUGUGAAAUACCACGACAUGCCUGAUGUCAUCGACUUCCUGGUACUUCGGCAGCAGUUUGAUAAUGCAAGACAGAGGAACUGGAUGAUAGGUGAUCGUUUCCGGGCGGUGAUAGAUGAUGCCUGGUGGUUUGGUACGAUUGAGAGUCAGGAGCCUUACCAGGCUGAAUAUCCAGACUCUCUUUUCCAGUGCUACAAUGUCUGCUGGGAUAAUGGAGAUACAGAAAAGAUGAGCCCAUGGGACAUGGAGGAGAUUCCCAAUGAAGCAGCAUUUCCUGACGAGUUAGGUCUGAGUGUGCCUCUCACUGAGGAGGAGCAGAAAGCCUUAUUGUACAAACCCCUAGAAGGAGAGUGGGGCUCACGCACACGUGACCAAGAGUGUGAGCGCAUCAUCAGAGGCAUCGACCAGCUUUGCACUUUGGAUGUGGCUGCACCAUUUGAACUGCCAGUGGACUUGCAGGAAUAUCCAACAUAUUGCACCGUAGUUGCUUACGUCACAGAUCUGAGCACCAUCCGACAAAGACUGCAGAACCGUUUCUAUAGGCGAAUGUCGUCGUUGAUGUGGGAGGCACGCUACAUUGAACACAAUGCUCAAACCUUCAAUGAACCUGGCGCAUUCAUUGUCAAAACUGCCAAAUUCGUAUCUGACCUCAUGCUACAAUUUAUCAAGGACCAAAGCUGUACAGAUAUUAUUCGACUGUAUAACAAUAUGAAGAAAACUGCUUUCUCAGAUUCAAGCGAUGUAAGUGAUGAAGAUGAGGACGAGGAACACGAGGCACCUUGUACAUCUAGCCGCAAUAAGAAGAGGCAGCAGCCUAUCCUGAGGAGUCUGCGCAGUAAACCAUCAUCAGACCCUCAGAGCUGGAAGGGGCGCUGCAGAGAGCUGCUGGAGCUCAUCUUUCAGUGUGAAGAUUCAGAGCCUUUCAGACAGCCUGUGGAUCUGGAAGAGUAUCCGGACUAUUUGGACAUUGUGGACACUCCUAUGGACUUUAGGACUGUGUUGAACCGCCUGUUAGAAGGAGAGUAUGACACGCCCAUGGAUCUUUGUAAAGAUGUACGCCUCAUAUUCAGCAACUCCAAAGCCUAUACACCCAGCAAAAAGUCCAGGAUCUACAGCAUGAGUCUGCGAUUGUCCGCUCUGUUUGAAGAGCACAUCAGUUCGAUCCUGACCCAUUUUAAAGCUGCUCAAAGUCUGCACAGUGAGCGAUUCACCCGUCAGCGGCUGCACACCGAGCGCUUGACCAGACAGUCUGUGAAGAGGAGGAGGAGCUCUUCACCUUCAAGCUCCGCCUCUAGUCCAGAAAGGAAGCGUCGGGUUUCGUCUCGCGCUCCUCCUCGAUCGGACAAUGCUGCUCCACCCACUCCCGCUGGACCGUCCCGGGCUCCUUCUUUACGGCAAACACAUCCACAGCUCAACGGCAAGGCUGAGCUUCCUGUCGUCCCCGGUCGGACACGAAGCUCGGCCCGCUUUGGAACCCAACUCACAGAUGCACCUUGUACACAGUCUGCUCCUCCCCCUCCACCCAGCCACAGUAAGACAGCAGAGCCCUCCUCUAGAGUCCUGCGCACACAGAACUCUCACUCCAUUGGUGCCUUCAGAGAAACUGAGAGCUCUGCAGUUCCUCACACAAAUGAAGGCGGGGCCAGAGAGUCUCGCAGGAAACUACAGACACCUGUAAAACUCACGCCAGGUCCAGUCGAUCGCGACUCUUCUCCUCAAAACAGUUUGCAUUUGAAUGGUCAUAGUCAAGUGACUCUGGGAGUGGUACGAAGAGGCCGGGGCCGACCCAGAUUAGAUGCACAAAUACAAACACCAGUAACGGUACCACAACCCCUACUGUCCCAGAACUCUGGAAAAAAGAAAGGGAGGAAAAGCAAGAAAGAGCUGGAUUCCUUACGAAGAAGCUCCUCCCAUGAGGAGGAGCAUAAUCUGUCUACUGGUGAUGAGGGCGGGGCUUCUUCUACAGCCCAGGACAGUAGUCUUUCAGAUUCAGGGGUAGUGACUCCAGAGUGCCCCAAACUACGAGGCAGACCACGAGUCAUCAGGAUGCCAGAUACCCCAGCUCCUUCAAGCCCCAAAGCUCUCAGAAGGAGCAGUCGGCGUGGAAACGAAGAAACCACGCCCCCUAUGCCAGGCCCCGCCCAAAGUGAGGAGCCAGACAUUUAUAUGGGAGAGGAUGAGAGCUCGAAAGGACAGAUGAGGACGCGUAACCAAGGCCGAAGGACAGCUUUCUAUAAUGAAGAAGACUCUGAGGAAGAGCAAAGACAGCUUUUGUUUGAGGAUGCCUCGAUUACUUUCGGCACGUCCAGCAAAGGGAGAGUCCGCAAGCUCACUGAGAAGGCCAAAGCCAACCUUAUUGGCUGGUAACAAUGCCAACUUUGCAUGUCCUAUGAGACACAACCCCUUAUCCUCGCCCCAUUGAGGAGGGGGAACCAUUCCUGCUGCUAUCAGACUGUCAUGAUUAUCUGAAUCUUUCAUUCUGACUCUCUAAAUUGAUUCUCAUGUUUUGAAUAUUUGACUCUUUUGGUGACUUCAAGAGUCA